GAAAACUGUUAUAAAAAAAGUAAAAAAGUGUUUAAAAUUAAUAUAAUUCAUAAAUAAAGUGUGUUUAUAUAAAGAUUAGCAAAAUAAUUGAUGUUUCGGAUUGUUGACUGCGCUUGUUAAAAGGAGCUUAGCGAAGAAACAUAUAAGGCGUGGGUUUUUUUACUGAAAAUAUCAAACAUCGGGUGAAAUGGUAUCGCGAACAGACUCGCAGGAACCACAGAUCCCCAAGUUCUAUGCUGGGAGAUCUGUAUUCAUCACCGGCGCUUCUGGGUUCAUGGGUCUACUAUUAUCGACAUGCCCUGACAUCGAACGCCUGUACCUGCUGCUGCGGGAGAAGAAGAACUCCUCACCCCUGCAGCGGCUGCAGCAACUCAAGGAGUCCAUGAUAUUCGAGAAGCUCCGUGAGAAGAGUCCCUCUCAGCUAGACAAGCUGAGCGUUGUGUCCGGGGACACGACUCUGCCGCGACUCGGGCUAGACAACACCUCCGUACAGCAGCUCAGAGACGUGUCGGUAGUAUUCUUCUCGGCAGCUAUGGUGAAGUUCGAGGAGCCACUGUCGGUGGCCGUCAACCAGAACCUGAAACCCGUGAUAGAAGCAUUGGCGCUGUGUGACACGCUGAGCAACUUAGAGGCGUUCAUAUACGUCUCAACGGCGUACAGUAACGCUGAUCAGCCUUUAAUAGAAGAGCGUGUGUACCCCCCACCGGCACCUCUACAGGAAUUACUGACGAUGGUGGAUACUUACACUCCAGAACAGUUAGAAGCCAUCACUCCAAAGUACAUAUCUCCAAAGCUCAACACGUACACGUUUUCCAAAGCGAUGGCGGAGGCGGUGAUCAACGACCACACAGAGAGAAACUACUCUAUUGCGAUAUUCAGACCCACUAUAGUGGUGUCAUCAAUAUCCGUCCCUUACCCCGGCUGGGUUCAGAGCAUGAACGGCCCCAGCAGCGCCAUCGUUGCCGCCGGGAAGGGGUUGAUGCACGUACAACUGGCGAGAGGAGACGCCUGCCCCGAUCUGCUGCCUGUGGACUUGGCUAUACACGCGCUCAUUGCUGUGGGGUGGAGUACCGUACGAGAUAGGUCUCGCGAAGUGCUCGUAUACAACUGCAGCACGGGCGAGAACCCCAUCACCUGGCAGCAGUUCGCGGACACCGCGCUGCGGGCGCUGCGCUCCCAUCCACUCGACCGCGCCUUCUACUGGCCCUGUGGCGACCUCACCCACUACCGGCAUCGAUACCUGUUCAAAGUAUUUGAGUUUCUGUUGAAUACAUUGCCGCUGUAUGUUGCGCAUUACUUCAAGAUGAUAUUCGGAAUAAAAUCCAAAAUAAACCUGAUCUCAGUAAGCAAGCAGCUGCAGAACAUCAACCUGAUUCUUUCACUGUUUUCCAUGAACGAGUGGAGAUUCAAGUCUGACAACAUGCGCCGGCUGAGAGAGAGUCUGUCGCGGGCAGACGCCCAGAUAUACAACCUGGACCCUAACACUAUACGAUGGGACGAGCAUGUGAAAAACUACGUGAAAGGUGUCAGGAAGUACGUGUUGAAGGAAAAAGACGAAGACUUGCCGAAGGCGAGGCGGCGCUUGCGCAUGUUGCAUCUGGUGCAUCAGACUCUACUUGUCAUAUUCUUCUUCUUGCUAUUUCGGUUUGCAUUGAAGAGCGUCUACAUCUACAACCUCGUUAGAGGCGUCGGCAGACUUUUAAUUUCUUUCUUUAUCUAAUUCUAAAUAAUUUUAAUAUAACUUACUCUAAGCUACGUCACGUGGUAAAGGUACUUAAAAUCUGUAAAAAUAACCACAGUAAAUUAUAAAUAUAACUAUUAAUGUAUUGUUAAAUUAAGGAAAAGGUGUACAAAUAUGAAUUAAAUGAUAAUAACGAAUAAUAAUGUGUUUUUAUAUAAUAUUAAUUGGUUUUAAUAUAAUAAAUUAAAAUACCUGAUUUAUAUACCUAACUUUUAUAAAGAAAUUUAUUUAACUCAUAUAAAUUUUUUGAUACUGACGCCUAAAAUUAUUUCGACACUUGAAAAUCAAUGGUUAAGGAAAUGACAUCCUUUUCACAACCAUACCAAAAAUACAUGGAGAUUUGACUGUAUAGAUUUAGGAGCCUUUACCUUGACAAUCAGUAAACUUUAAAAAAUCAACAGUCACUUUGACACUUGACAUUUAAUUUUUUGGACAGAUUUUCAAAACAAAAUUCCCGACUCCAGGUGCCUGUGUUUCUUAUUGCGUAGUUUCUUGCAUAAAAUGUGAAAUAGCGAAACUCGAGCGAAAAUGUUCAACAAGUUGUUCCAGCGCGCUUUCGACCGUACGUUGAAAUUUCGACUGAAGAAGAAUUACCCGACCAACAUCUACGAUUUAUCAAGGGGCUCUGCUAUAGAAGUAAAGAGGCCUUAUAGCGAUGAAGUUCGGAAAGCCCAGGCGCAGAGCGUGGCGACACCUGGUCCCACGAUCUUCGACAAGAUAAUAUCGAAAGAAAUAAAAGCAGACAUAAUAUAUGAAGACGAGAUGUGCCUCGCCUUUAAUGACAUAUCGCCGCAAGCGCCCGUUCACUUCCUGGUGAUACCUAAGCGGAGGAUCUCGAGGCUACAGGACGCCGCUGAUGAUGAUAAAGAGCUCCUCGGCCAUUUAAUGCUGGUAGCUCGCUUGCUCGGCGCCAAACGUGCUCCUUCGGGGUGGCGUUUGGUGGUAAACAACGGACGCGACGGAGCGCAGUCUGUAUACCACGUGCAUUUACAUGUGCUAGGCGGUAGGCAAAUGGGAUGGCCGCCCGGCUAAACUUGAUACUUGCGCGAUUCAACUUGAUAGUUGCGACGGUAGAUCGAUAGGCCACUUUGAGGAGCUCUGCAGGUUUGGAAUUACAAAAAUAAGAAGAUAAUUGAAAUUACGCCUUUGAAGUUUGACUGUUCGAUCUACCGCCGUUACUGUAUUGAAAAUUGGCGUGUCGUGGGCUCUUGUGUUCUUUUGGUAUUUCUGAAAUGUAAAUUGCUGCGAAGCAAUUGAUGUGCCUUAGUGGACAUUGCUCAAAUUCCAAAUAAAGUAUUGAAAUUUUUGAGGGCAGAAAUAGUGCAUGAAAUUUUAACUAUAAUAAAGUAUUAAUUUUUUUUUCAGAGCCU